CAUCCGUCCCAUCCGCAAACCACGUGACCCAGCUCUCCCAUGUCCUUCAGUGGUUCAUUCAGCAUGAUGGCUGCGGAUGCUGCGGAUGCUUGCUGCUGCAUCCUGCAUCCGCGCCGGCUCUCGCUCCUCUUUCUGGCCAUCUUCCUCUCCUCCCUGCCAGCUCCGACUACAGCGCUGCUCGGCGUACGGCCAGAAGACACCAGAAGCGGAGAGUUGUCCGUGCAGGAUGGCAUGCUGAGGGCGACUGAGGGAACUCGCUUCAUGCUCAGGGUUUACUACUCUGCAUCUCCAGUUACGCAGCAUCCCAAGAGCCUAAAUGUGAGCGGCAGGCAGGACGCCGCUCCUGCCGCACCGUGGAUCGCUUUCAUAGAAGAACCAGGAGGGGACAGAGAGGAUGCAGACAGGCAGCUCAGAUCGACAGGGAACCCGUGUGUGGAGGAGAAUGCCCGCAGCUCUGACAUCGAGUUGCUGGGCUCUUUCAGGUCCACGUCAAGUCACAACUCAGUUUUAGUGGAGUUGCUUGCCAAAGACCUGCGCAGAGGCGAGAUGAUCAAAUACUACUCCAUGUGCGCUUUUGAUGGAGUGAAAUGGGAGCACUUCAGCACCAGAGACUAUUGGUUGGCGGUGGUGGAGAGACCCCCGCAAGCAGACGUCUGGCUCCAAGCGGGUGUUUCGGUGCUGCUGCUGGGGCUGUCUGCGCUCUGCAGCGGACUGAACAUUAGCAUGCUGGCCCUGGAUCCGGUGGAGCUCCGGGUUCUGCAGAACAGUGGCACGGAGAAGGAGCAGAAAUACGCACGGAAAAUAGAGUCGGUGCGUAAGCAUGGAAACUACAUCCUGUGCACCGUGGUGCUGGGAAACGUGCUUACCAAUACAUGCUUUGUGGUCUGGAUGUGCCAGAUUUUAGGAAUGACGCCCCUCUCGACUGCUUCGUGCACUUUGGGCAUAUUCUUCAUUGGUGAGAUUCUACCUCACUCUGUGGCGUCCAGACACAGCCUCGCCAUCGCAUCCAAGACCCUCUGUGCGACCCGGCUGCUCAUGUUAGUGUUCUUCCCCAUCGCCUAUCCCGUCUCUAAGAUCUUGGAUAUUAUGCUGCACCAGGAGAUUAGCAACUUCUACACGAGGGAGAAGUUGGUAGCCAUGCUGCGAGUCACAGACCCGUAUCACGACCUGGUCAAAGAGGAGCUCAACAUCAUCCAGGGAGCCUUGGAGCUGAGGACUAAGACCGUAGAGGAUGUGCUGACCCCGCUGUCAGACUGCUACAUGCUGUCCUCGGACGCGGUGUUGGACUUCUGCACCAUGUCCGACGUAAUGCAGAGCGGCUUCACCCGCAUCCCGGUUUACGAGAACGACAGGUCCAACAUCGUGGACAUCCUCUUUGUCAAAGACUUAGCCUUCGUAGAUCCCGACGACUGCACGCCGCUCAAAACCAUCACCCAGUUUUACAAGCAUCCCAUGCACUGCGUGUUCAAUGACACCAAGCUGGAUGUGAUGCUGGAUGAGUUUAAGAGAGGUAAGUCCCAUCUGGCCGUGGUGCAGAGGGUGAACAGUGAGGGGGAGGGAGACCCCUUCUACGAGGUUAUGGGCAUUGUCACCCUGGAGGACGUCAUAGAGGAGAUCAUCAAGUCAGAGAUUGUGGAUGAGACAGACCUGUAUACUGAUAAUCGGACCAAGAGACGUGUGUCAAACCAUGAGAGAAAACAGCAGGAUUUCUCCAUCUUCAAGCUGGCAGAGAAUGAGCUGAAGGUGAAGAUCUCUCCCCAGCUGCUGCUCGCAACCCACCGCUUCUUGGCCACAGAGGUGGAGCCAUUCAGGCCGUGUCACCUGUCAGAGAAGAUCCUGCUGCGUCUCAUCAAACAUCCCAGUGUGGUGCAGGAGCUCAAGUUCAACCCCAAGAACAAGCGCUCCCCUCAACACUACCUCUUCCAGAGAAACAAACCCGUGGACUACUUUGUCUUGAUUUUGCAGGGACGGGUGGAGGUAGAGAUCGGGAAGGAGGCUCUGCGCUUUGAAAAUGGAGCUUUCUCCUACUACGGCAUGCCAGCGCUCAUUCCACUUCUGCCUAUUGUCCAUAGGUGCAGCUCGCGGGGCAGUGGUCUGAAUCAGUCAGAUUCAGUACUGAGCGGAGGCAGUGUGGGGCAGCUCAGCACAGGAGCAGGGGUCUACCUGCCGGACUACUCAGUCAGACAGCUCACCGACCUGCAGAUCAUCAAGAUCACUAGGAACCACUACCAGAAUGCCCUGACAGCCACCAGGAUGGACAGCUCUCCCCAGACGCCAGACCCAGUGGAUGCAGAUGGGAAGGGGAAGCCGCCCAUCCCUGAGGCCCGCUCACACAGCAUCGCCCUCCCCCUCACCCACACACACACGCGGCUUGGACUGGCACGCCUCGCCCACCUCCAUCCUCACGGCGGCCUUCGCAGCACCUCGCAGCUCAAUGAGAGAAACCGCAUCGUCCGAAGUAAAUCAGACGGCCAGAGGAGUCCAAAUGAUACCGUGUUCCUCCGCAUGGACGAGAUUCCCUACAUCCAUGAGGACCGACCGGAAAGCUACGGAGAUGUGCCCACAGAGUCUCAGCCAUCCACCUCUCCCUUCAUCAGUUCUCUGUCUCUAUCCAGCUCCGAGGAGACCAUCGGAAAAAAGCUGUUGCGUAAAUUGAGUAACAAGCGGAGGAAAAAAUCUCGAGAUGGAAACCCAAGUUUGGAGGAGGGCUCAGAGCCGCCCCCGGUGAAGAGCUAGCAUAGUGCCACAGAGGAAGAGGGAGGAAGCACACACUCUCUUCCUCUUUAUCAUUCACCUGGUAUCCUCAUUAACCAACCAGCCCUUGGCGCGCCCACAUAGACUCCCUUGACACUCCCACAAAGCUCUCACAGGAGACUGAGCCAAUCCUGUCUCCUGUAGCUGCCAGUGAUACUCAGGUCCCCAUAACAACCCAUGUCCCACCUCUGCUAACCCUCAUGCCCUUAUGACAGGUAAGAUCAGACAAGUCUAAAAACAUGCGAAUGGCAGUGGGAUAAACAACAUGGCAAUGCAUUAAUCUAGCCUUACACUGGACCUAAGAGUUGAUGAAGUCUGUGUAUCUAGGAUUUCAUCAUGUGUUUACACUAACAGAAAACUUCAGAUCUACAAAUGGCAAGGGAACUGUUGGGGCUCAGGAAGGGGCGUAGUAGAUGGGACAGUCCUUGUUCACGUUAUGGUUUUCCCUAACCUUAACACUGAAACUAUUUCCUUUAAGGAGGGAGCGUGUUGUCUUACUGAAACAUUAGCAUGACCUGUGAUUUAACAAUAGUUGUCAUGUGAACUAGCUGUCAUCACUUUGUCUCAACGCUACAAGUUCUCAAAGCAUGAAGGAGCCCAGGAUGAUCCUUAGACCUUAUCUAAGCCAAUUUUGAUCCUUUACUUGGUCAAGCAAUGAAUACAGCGGUAUCUGCUAUCAGAGGGCCGUUCCCACAUACUUAAGAUGUUGUUUGCACAGGGAACCGGCCUAAUGUUGCCAUAAGGAUGCCACCUACUGCCAAGAUGAUAAAAUAUGCUAGCCAUGAGCCAAGAGGAAAUUACCACUACAACAGAGCACAAUUUUUACAGUAGAUUAAAAGAACACAAUAAUAAAAGCCAUUAUUUCCAAUUUUAAUCACCUAAUGUAUGAAAUCACCUCAAUUUCAAAGGGGUAUGCACAAUAUUUAAUGUAUCUGCUCGAAAAGUAACAGUUUGUUACCUGAUUUUUGUAUAGAGGAGUAACGAUUACCUACUGUGACUGGUAAUUUGAAGAUAGCAAUAUUAGUCAUCCUAUAUAAAUGGAUUGAUUUUUACUUCAUCAGUCUGCAUCAACUUCCCUCUCCUCACACACAGGCAUGAAUGCACUCACACAAAAGCUCGCAACCUGCAUUUCCUACAUACCUCCUGUCUUGUGUCCAUCUCAUUUGUUGUUAAAGGUGCCACUGUCUGAAUAAUCAGCUGUAUAGACACAAACUCGGUUCCUUUUUACAAUUAAACCUACACCUUCACAAUGCACCACAUGGUGUUACCAUCUUCAUUGAGACACCAUCAGCCUUCUGCCCGUAUAUUUUGUUGAUCACAUUCAGUAGAUGAUGUAGAUUUAUCAUCAGAUUGGUAGUGAACUUUGCAAACAUCAUAACAUUUAAUUAUAAUAGCCAUUUAUCUACCAGUGCAGUUCAUCUCCCACAGGAAUGAUAUCAGUAAAACUACAUACAAUAAGCUUGGGUUUAGAGGUUUGAGGCUAGGGGUAUGAAUGGAAACUUUUGGGAUUCAGGUACUUGAAGAAGAGCAGUGGUGACUUGCAUGUUUGUUUAUACUGCUUUUGCUGUAGAAAUGUUCCCAUUAGAAAUCCUUGUGCUUUUCAGUAGUUCUGCAUGCUUAGGCAGAGGGAUACAUGAAUAGAAUGAUACCAAUCUGCAAUUAAGGAUGCCCCCCCGCACACACACACACACACACACACACACAUAUAUACAGCUACCCAACCGAGACGCAGGGUGUGACUUGGCAAAAGGCGAUCUUACCACAGAUCUGCUUGGCACCGAGGUCUCUGAUAGAAGCCGAGGAAGUGUGAAUCAGCCUUUAGUGCUGUGAUAUGGCCAAUCUAGCUUUAAGGGUUUGGCUGUCACUGGGACAUUAUGAUGUAAAAUGUAUUCGAGACAGCUCAGAUAGUCGGAAUUUCCCAGUCGACCGGCCGUGGAUACAAAGUGUGUGGGUUCCAGUCGUUUUGAGGUUGAUUAUUUCCGAGUUGCAUCAGUCUGUUACAAUGGCAAUACCUGCUUCAGCUACGGGCGAAGUAUGAUAGCGCUGGAGUAAAUUUAUUAGCUAUACCAGCUAAAAAACGUAUCAUUUAAUGUAACUAGCAACUGUUAGUUAUAUAUUUUACAACAUAUGUUUUUGUUCAAGCAAUCUGAUUGAUCGAGAGACGCCUGUUAUUUACUAUAACAUCAUGGGUGUUGCAUCACUUUAUCUGUAUUAUUCUUGUAACAGCUGUCAAACUAAUAGCUGAAUAUCACUAAUUCUGCUUCUGUUAAGCUAACAAUGGUUAUAUGUCCA